AUUUUGUUCCAUCUCUAAACACGUGAAACGCGCUUGCUGUUGAUUUUGAUUUAGUUGUGUGUUUUUAAUGCUGUAAUGGGUUUAACCAAGCAAUAUUUGGCAUAUCGGGCUAUAGACAGCUUUAAUAUAAUCACCUCCGGGCGCGCCAAUGUGAACUUUGCCAUUGUGGACAAGACGGAGGGCCGAUAUGUGGCCGCUCCGGCAGCAGAGAAUGUGAUCAUUUGGGAUUUGAGAAUGGGAGAUCGCAAGCUGACGCUUCGCCGCGAGAAGUUCGAGGUCACCUGCCUAAGGGUUUCCCCAGAUCACCUGCACAUAGCCGUGGGCUAUGCGGAUGGCAUGGUCCAGAUCUUUGAUCUUAGCUCAGACAGGUACUACGAUCCUAUCUGUUCGCUGGCGCUGCACAAGAACGCCGUCAGCAUCCUCCGAUACGAUAUGCAGGGCAUGCGCCUGGUCAGCGGAGGAUUGGACACCGAACUGGUGGUCGUUGACGUGGUGGAGCAGGCGGGCAGGGCCCGUUUGAGUGGGCACAAUGCCGCCAUCACGGACGCCCACUUCCUGCAGCGCCUGGUGGACGAAAGCAUCGUGGUCAGCUGCUCGAAGGACACCCAGAUCAAGUUCUGGAACCUGGAGACGCAGUUCUGCUUUAAAACCAUCGUGGACAACCGCACCGAGGUCUGGGCACUGGCCUUCAUUGGGGAUCUGAUGAUAGCUGGAGCCGGCGAGAGCGGCAUGAAUGUGUACCGCCUGAGGAAGCACGACGGAGCCGUCACCGGCACCCUGGAGUCGGCCGUCGAGGGCCUGACCAUUGAAGACGAAGACACCAUAAGUCCGGUUAGCGUGAGCAACUGCGGCACCAUUCAGCGGGCUGGAAAGGGUCGCACCGUCAACCUGGUGACCGAUCCCAGUGAACGGGUGCUCAGCUGCCACGGCACCAACGAUUUAAUCGAGAACUUUUACAUCUGCACGCCGGAGGAGGUGAAGAAAAGUCUGGCCAAGCGCCUCAAGAAGGAGAAAAAAACCGCCGGAGAGGAUGGUUCGGACGAGGCCAAGUUGACAACGGAACAGUCGUUGAGCGAUGAAAUCAAGCGACUGGAGAGCAUCCGAGUCAAGCAAAAGAUCAAGUCCAUCGAUGUGGUCUUGGGCCAGAACCAGGAGCUGCGCGUCCUGGUCAGUCUGGCCAACAACAGCAUGGCGCUGUACUCCCUGGAAGCGUCUAUCAAGACGCGCAAGGCAGCCGAUCCCAGUGUAAAGCUGCUGAGGUCACUCACGCGGCUGGGCCACCAGUCGGAAGUGCGAUCCGUGUGCUUUAGCAACGACUCCCUGGCCGUGGGAUCUGGUGCAGGGGAGUCCUUCAAGUUCUGGGAUCGGGAUGCCAUGCAGUGCCUGCGAACUGUGCCAACGGAUUACAUUCUCUGCUCGAAGUUUGUUCCCGGCGAUCACUACGUCCUCUUGGGCAUGAAGAGCGGCAAACUUCUGAUUGUGGAUGUUGCUGCGGCUGAUAUUGUGGAGGAGAUCCCGGCCCACGAAAGCGAACUGUGGUCCAUUGCAAUGCUGCCCGAUCAGAAGGGCUGCAUCACUGGCAGCGGCGAUUCUACGCUUAAGAUCUGGACAUUCGAACUGAUCGAUGCCGGCGAAGGCGCUGCUCAGACCAAAGUUCUAUCGCUGCUCCACAAGAACACGCUGAAGCUGGAGGAGACCGUGCUCUGCGUGGGCGUAAGUCCGGACAUGAAGUACCUGGCUGUGGGUUUAUUGGACGCCACCGUCAAAGUCUUUUUCCUGGACACAUUCAAGUUCUACCUCUCUCUGUAUGGCCACAAGUUACCCGUGCUCUGCCUGGACAUCUCCUACGACUCGAACCUUAUUGUGACCGGAUCGGCAGAUCGUAACGUAAAAGUGUGGGGCUUGAACUUCGGAGACUGCCAUCGGUCGAUCUUCGCCCAUGAUGAUUCGGUGAUGAGUGUACAGUUCAUACCCAGGACGCACAUGUUCUUUACUUGCGGCAAGGAUGGCAAGGUCAAGCAGUGGGAUGGCGACAACUUCGAGAAGAUCCUUACCCUGCCCGGACACAUAGGCGAGGCGUAUUGUCUGUCCGUGUCUCCAAACGGUCGGUACCUGGUCACCUGCGGCUCGGAUCGAACUCUUAGGAUGUACGAGCGCACGGACGAGACUAUUGUGCUGAAGGAUGUGCAGGAAGAGGAGCGUGAGCAAAUGGAGAACGAACAGCUGGCCACGGGGGAGGAUAACACAGUGCCCCUUCUGCCUGGACUCAAGAUGCCCUCCCGAAAAACGGUUGGCUCCGAGCAGUCUGCUGAGUCCAUCCUUGAGUGCCUGGAGAUAUCGAAACAGUUCGAGUUGGAAGCGGAAGAGAAGCCGGAAUUACAUCCUCUAAUGCAGGCACUGCAGGUGAAGAAUCCCGUAGACUUUUUGGUCAGCACCCUUAUGCGGAUACGUGCCUCUGAUCUGGAGGAGGCCCUGCUCCUGCUGCCCUUCUCCACUGUGUGCGAAGUUCUUGAGCGCCUGCCCACUCUACUGACCCAGCGGCCCGAUCAACUGGAGUUGCUCUGCCGCGUCACCAUCUUCCUGUUCAAGGUGCACAUGAAGCCCAUCUCGGCGGCCAAGAGCAUGAAGCCUCUGCUGGUUAAACUGCUCUCGAUGCUCAAACGGGACGUCGGCCAGCUGAGAGAUGUCUUGGGCUGGAACCUGCAUGGCUUGGCCCUGCUGCAAACCGAAGUGGAGCAGCGCGACGGUGUCCAGCUCUUCCGGGAGGCCACACAGACCCGCAAGAAACGGGAGAAGAAGCGGAGAGAGGCCAGCAAACGGAGGCUGCAGAUCCAAAUGGUUUGAGACGAAGAUUACCUAUAUUUGUACAAAUCCAAUUAAACAAUCCUAGUUAUUUUAUGAUUUACUAUA